AUGGCGUCACACUAUCGUAAAACUCUUCCAUCGGCUGAUGCAGCGUUAGCAUCAGAAGUUUUUGAUCGUUUUUGUACUGCUUCUACAAUGAAGACUAUUCUUGGUCAUUUUCGACAUCUAUGUGAAAUAUUAUGCAUCAAGCCUACUAAUUUUCCUCAAUUUUAUCCAAAACUUAAGUCUAUGCUAUGUUCAUGGAAAGCAAAAGCUUUAUGGAAUAAAUUUGAUAAAAAAGCUAGUCACAAGUGUUAUAAUCGUGGAAAAACUUGUAUGAAUACUAGGGUUUUAAUAAUUGGUUCGGGGCCAUGCGGAUUACGUGCUGCUAUCGAAGCUCAGCUUUUAGGUGCUAAAGUAGUUGUAGUGGAAAAAAGAGAUCGUCUCUCAAGAAAUAAUGUCCUUCAUCUUUGGCCAUUUGUUAUUCAAGACUUAAAAUUGCUUGGUGCAAAAAAAUUUUUUGGUAAAUUUUGUGCUGGUGCUAUUGAUCAUAUAAGUAUUAGGCAGCUUCAAUGUAUUUUGCUAAAAGUUUCAUUAAUCUUGGGUGUUGAAAUUCACGAAGGUGUUAGUUUUGAUUCACUUUCUCCACCACCCGAUAAUGAUGAAAAAAUCGGAUGGAGAGCUAUCUUUAGUCCAUCAGAUCAUCCUGUUUCUCAGUAUGAAUUUGAUGUUCUUAUUGGUGCUGAUGGCAAACGGAAUACAUUGGAAGGUUUUAAAAGAAAAGAAUUUCGCGGUAGGUUAGCAAUUGCCAUCACUGCUAACUUUAUAAACAAACACACUGAAGCUGAAGCAAGAGUGGAAGAAAUAUCUGGAGUUGCUUUUAUAUUCAAUCAAAAAUUUUUUAAAGAUCUUUAUCGGGAGACAGGAAUUGAUUUGGAAAAUAUUGUUUAUUAUAAAGACGAAACUCAUUAUUUUGUUAUGACUGCGAAAAAGCAUAGUUUGAUAGAUAAAGGUGUUAUAUUAAAUGAUUAUGCUGAUGUUGCUAAAUUGUUGGCUCUAGAAAAUAUUAAUAAAGAAGCAUUAACAGAAUAUGCUAAAGAAGCUGCAAAUUUUUCAACUAAUUACUCAUUGCCUCAACUUGAAUUUGCUGUCAAUCAUUAUGGUCAACCUGACGUAGCUAUGUUCGAUUUCACUUCAAUGUAUGCUGCUGAAAAUGCUAGUCAUGUGAUACAAAGAAACGGUCAUAAACUCUUGACUACAUUAGUUGGAGAUAGUUUACUGGAGCCAUUUUGGCCGACUGGCUCUGGUUGUGCUCGUGGCUUUUUGAGUUCAAUGGAUACUUGUUGGGCUAUUAAACAUUGGGGCUCUCCAGAUUCUAAUCCAUUAGAUGUAUUAGCUGAGAGAGAGUCAAUCUAUCAUAUUCUUGGUCAAACAACACCUGAAAAUUUACAAAAGAAUAUUGCUGGUUACACUGUUGAUCCUCAUACAAGAUAUCCAAAUCUAAAUACACAUGCUGUUUUACCUGUGCAAGUUGUACAUUUAUUUGAUUGUGAUGACAAGACGGUUGUAGAAAAACAUCUCAAAGCACCUCGCCAAACAAUUACUCCAGUACAAGAUGUUCCAAAAAAACGUAGACGAAAAGAAAGUCAAGUAAAUCAAGAAACAUUGCAUCAUUGGUUAAAAACUCAAGUUGAACCCUACGAUUCGAUAUCUGUUGAAGAUUUAGCAAAAUCAUUUAAAAAUGGCUUAGCUUUAUGUGCAAUUAUACAUAGGUACCGUCCAGACUUGGUAGAUUUUUUUUCUCUUUCGUCAUCUGAUGUGGCAAAAAAUAAUCAAUUAGCUUUUGAUAUUUUAGAACAUGAAUUCGGAAUUCCUCCAAUAAUGUCUGGUAUUGAAAUGGAACAGUGUGAUAUACCUGAUAUUUUAGCCAUGUUAUCGUAUUUGUCACAAGUUUAUGAUACAUUCAGACGAGAAAUUCCGCAUAUAAAUCAUCCAAAAUUGGAAGAUAGUGAUCAUGGACCAACACCAGCAGAAAGUCGUUUUAGAAUCCAUGUUACUAGAAAUAAUAUAUUUGCCCCAUAUUCAAAACCUUCUACAUUGGUAAAACCCAUUUCACAAUCACGAAAACGUUCAGGCGUUAAUAAUAUAUCAACUAUUGAUAAAAGUACUUCUUCUAUGCAAAGGCGCAAUAGAAAGCGACGUACUAACAUUAAUAAUGGAUCAUUGCCAAGAGACGCUCGUGUACAAGAAGAUUGUUCUUCACCUCGAUAUAAAAUGGAGGAAGAUAUUUCAGUGAGAGCUAAGGAAAUUGAAGCAAAACUUAAAGGCGGCCCAGCACCUGAUAAAAAACCUAAAGACCUAAUGAGGGCAAUUGGAAAAAUCGACAAAAGUGAUUGGAACGUAAAAGAAAUUGAACGGAAAAUCGAAGAAAGUAAAGUACAUGCUAAACAUAUUAAAAAUGGUACUGAAAAGGUACCUAAAUGGAGUCGCCCUCAAUUUGACGAUAAAGUUAGUGCAAUUAAGAAAAAACUUCAUGUAAAAGGAUAUCAAGAUGGGAUCAACAAUGACAAAAAAUUCCUUGAAAUUGAUGAUAAUUUAAAUAAAUUAAAUAGAAAAAUUAAAGAUGGAAAUAUUUUAGAUCAAGGUUUACGAGGUGCUAAUAAAGUUUCAGCAAUGGCUGCACAUUUAGCUACCAUAAAUAAACAGCCUGAACAGCCUUUACUUCAAAGAUCUGGUACUAAAAAUACUGUAAUAAUUCCACAAGGUGGAAGUGAAACAUGCCAUUUUUGUAAAAAUCGUGUUUAUUUAAUGGAGCGGUUAAGUGCAGAAGGCAGAUUUUUUCACCGUGGUUGUUUCCGUUGUGAAUAUUGUCAUACAACUCUGAGAUUAGGCAAUUAUAUGUAUGACCGUGAAGGUAAAUACGACAACCGUUUCUACUGUUCUCAACACUUUGGAAUGCCUGGGACACAGCAGAUGAGAUCUAGGCGUAAACUUGAACAAAAGACUGAACCCGAUUUAGGAACUAAACCAAUUGUUUUGGCUAAAGCCCCUGAUAAAAUUAAGGCAUCGAUGGAGUCAUUAGAUCGGGGUGAAACACCAGAACGAGUGGAGUUUGAAAAUUUAGAUUUAGAAGAAGAUUUGGUCCUUAGUGAAAUGGAUGAAGAUGAAUGGACUGAUCGUAAUUUUGGUGCUUCAGCUAAUGAAAUGCUAUCUUCCGACGAAUUAUCUGAAUUUAGUGAUAGUGAGAGUGACGAGAAUCAAAACCUAGAAUUAAAUGAUGAUAAUCAAGAGCAAAAAUUACUGCCAAUAAAUAUUAAUAAUGACAAUUUAUGUAGCAUAAAUAUUGAAGAUGAUGGCUUAAGUUCACAAAAUGAGUCUGAUGAGUCACAGGAUCGUUUCAGUUACAAAGAAUUUGAUAGUGGAGAUGAUGAGAGUGACACAGCAACUGAAGGUGAAGAAGAAAUUAAAGCACGGGAAAUAAGAAAACAAGAAGUUUGUUUACGUAUCCCUAAUAUAUCCUCUGCUACUACAGAUACUGGAUCUGAUACAGAGGUUGCUACUGAUUUUUAUUCAUCAAGUUCUGGUAGAAGUAAUUCCGCCACAGAAAUAUCUACGGAUUCUGAAUUUGAGCGAGAUGAUAAAACACCAACAAAACAUAGUAUUCCAAAUAUAAUUGUAAGCGAAAGUAUUCAAUCAAAACAUAAAGUAGAAGAAACAAGAGUUGAUCCUUUAGUCCCGGAAAAUCCUAAAAUUGCAGAAAUAGUAAAUCGAGCCCAAAAUCGACCAAAUUUUAUUCCAUUUGCCAACCCUGGAUAUGAACUUAAUCGAACACAGUCUACAGAAGGUAUUGCUACUAAACGUUCAUUAGAAUUGAAAAAGUUAUACUUGUUAGCUGGUAAUAGUAAUGGCAUAGCGGUUAAAAAAUCUGGGUCGUCCGUAACUUUAGAUACAAAAUUUAAAAGCUUUGUUGAUCAAAUAUCUGAGUGUCAAAAAAAAUUAAAUCCUGCGCCAGUACCCAGUCCUACUAUGCAAGCAUUCUUACAAAACGUAAGUCCUGUAGUUAAUAAAAAUGAGAAAAAAUCAAAAGAAUUAUCCGAAAUUAAUGAAUUUAAACAUGUCUGUUUAAAACAUUCUGAAAAAAAUAAUGAUAGUAAUGAGAACAACGAAACUAAUCAUAACAUAAUAGAAGUAAUUAAUACUCAAUAUCAAGAACACGAUAACGAAUCACGUCCUCGUAGUCCAGCACACGAAACUUCUAUAAUUGUACCAGAGUUUCAUCGUUCUCAAAUAGAAAAUAAAAUUGAAUCAGAUUCUUUAUCAACAGAUGCUUCGACAGAUACUGAAAAUGAUUUAGGAGUCCCUGAUAUUUCAUCUGAUGAUAAAGAUAUUCCAAAAGAAAACCAUAAUUUACCAAAAUUAGAAAUCCAUAACUCUAGAGGCGAACUUAUGAAUGAUAUAGAACAAAAAGAACAAAUAAUUGAAUCUGAAUGCAUUCCAAAAUAUUCAGAUAAUGGAUUUAACAAGAUAAUUACAGUCCCAAGUCCAAUAAAUGAUAAAAAUGUUAGAAAUGGUGAAAUAUUAAAACAUGUUUCAACUACUGCUGAUUUGUUUAUGAAUAAUGUUUUAAAACCUAACAAUGGUGAAAUAGUUCAUCCUGAAACUUAUGCUCAGUCUUCUGAUUAUAAUAAUGAUGAAGAUCAUACUAUUGAGGGACAAACUGAAACAGAGCUUUCUGAUUGGGCAAGAGAUGACGAUGUUGGAGUCUCAGAAGCUUGGGAUGAUUUUGUACAUGUUCCAAUAAAAUCAUUAACUUAUAGAAAACAUCAGAGGCCUAAAUCAAAACGUAAACCUAGAAAUUCACCAAAGAAACGGCCUAAUGAAGAUUUAGAUGAGUAUGGUCAUGUCUGUGGAAAAAUUGAUAGUGAUAACAUUGAGUUCAUGGAUACUAUUAGUGACAAUGAUACUAAUGAGCAUGUUGCUGCAUUAAACCAAACAUUGCUACACAAUACUGGUUAUAUGGAAUUUGUAACCAACCCUCAAAUGGACGAUGAGCUUAAAACACCAGUGGUAGAGACAUUGAAUGCUAUUUAUAACAUGUCGGCUGAUAAAGAUGAUAAUGAUACUACAACAACUAGUGAUCUAGUGACAGUAAUGGAUCUCAAUGAUAUAAAUAAUAUUGACGAUGAUGCCUUAACUCCAAUUGCUUAUGAGGACACUAAUAAAACCUAUCAGAAUUAUGUGAAACGUUUGCAGGAAAAAAUUACACCAUUUAACAGUAUAAGAGAUUCCAUUGAUGUACGUAAAAUGAAAAAAAAUAGUAAGGGUGAAAAACUAGAUGAAAACAAUUUGAAAGAACAAAAUGAACAAGAACAAAAUUCUACUACUUAUAAACUCCAACAAAUAACAAAGGAGAGAAUGAAAGAAAAAAAUUUAGUUCAUGAUAUGGUUAUGAGUAAAAUGACAAGUAAAUCACCUCAUGAAAGAAAACCUCGUCGUAACAGAAGUUCACCUUUUUCUCCUGAAUCUCAUACAGACAAUUUUGAGUUUGCAAAACCAUUUCCUGUUCACCAAUGUAAUGCAGAUUUAAAACUCCGACCUACAUCUCUUCUAAUUCCCGUAAAAAGUCCUUUGAGCGAACGAAAAAUUUGUUCUACUCAACAGAUAUCAUGUUCAGAAGCAUUUUCAUUGCCAGAUAUAAGAAGAGCACUAUUUGAUGAAAAGACUCCAACAUCUAGUAUUGCCGAAAUAUUAAAGUCGACUGAAGAAAUACGUGAAAAUGCUAGGGCCAGAGCUAGAUUAAAGAGCGAUUCUGAAUUAGGUAUAAGUCCUGAAGAUAAAAUUAGACAACUCAGGGAAAAGUUAGAACGUAGAAGAGCAGUAAAAAGCAACUGUGAUGGACUUUCAUUACUGACAAAAAGUAAAAGUUGUCAGUCAAUUGAUGAGUUUGAUCUUGAUACUGCUUUGUGCGAUACACCAAAAAGAAAUGAACAAAAUAUAAUGAAUGAUCGUCCUGAAAGAAAGCGUAGUAUUACUCAAACUGUUAUGGCUGCAAUUUUCCAAAAGAAGACACCAUCACCAAAUAAAAUUCGUUCUCCAUCUAGUCAUCAAACAUCUCCAUCUAGGUUUAAGUUUUUAAUGAGCGGAAAAACAAAAGAAAAAUCUCAGGAUAAAAAGUUAAUUCCAGCUGCUGGAGAUAAACCUGUACAGUAUAAAUCAAAUAGUGAAUCUGAAAUCAGACGUCGCUUAAUUGAUUCAUUGGCUCCACCUAUACCGCCACUACCAUCUUGCUACGAUAUUGAUAAUCUACAAUUAUUAGAAGCAGUUGUUGAUGAAUCCAAGAAAAACAAAGUUGAUGAUGACAGUAUUCAAAGCGUAGAUGGUAGAAUGUCAAAGUCUGAGAUUAAAAUUGCUAGGCAGUCCCAGCGCAAAAGGUUACGUAUUGCACAAGAAAUUCAAAGGAAAUUGGAAGAAUUGGAUGUUAAGCUGAAAACUUUAGAAGCUGAAGGUGUCGAAGUAGAGAAGAAGCUUAGAGGAGAAGGAGGUGAAAAAAAUGAGGAUGAACCAUCUCUUUUGCACACUUAUUGUGAAUUGAUGAGUGAAGUGAAUCGAUUGAGAAGGGAAGAACGUGAAUUAGGAUUACAAGCACAAGAAUUAGAAAUAGAAGAUAAUCUAGCAAGGUGUGAAACAACCAGUGCCAAUGACAACGAUUGGAGCAAAUUGUCAACAGCUCAUUAG